UGUGAGUCAAGAUAACACUAAUAUAUUUAAGAGUGCAAGCUUUAUUAAUGAAGACACAGACAUUAGUGAAAUGGAAUUCCAUUCAGAUGACAAGGCGUAUGAAUUUUAUUCAGAGUAUGCCAAAGAAAAAGGAUUUGCUGCCUCCAAGGUAUCUUGUCGUCGGUCAAAGACAUCUGGAGAAUGGAUUGGGGCAAAAUUUGCUUGUACGAGGUAUGGGAAAAAACGAAAAUCUGAUGCUAUUAACCCACGGCCUUGCUUGAAAAUAGAUUGCAAAGCAAGCUUGGAAGUCAAAAGAAGAGUCUCAAAUACAAAAGGAGCCCCGAAAAGGGUGAAGAAUCAGAACUCCAAUGGUAAAAAAUAUAACAAGAAGCCAAAGAAGGCACAAGCAAAUCUUGGACUAUCUAAUGAUGGGAUGGAAAGCUCCUUGCCAAGACAGGAACAAGCACGCACAAGGAAUGAUGCUUCUGAUAACUACAAGGAUACUCAUGAAUGCUUGCAACAAAUAGUUGCAUAUGAUCACCUGCAACAACCCAUUAAGCAGUUCAUUGGGGAUCAGUUGCCUGAUUGGCUAAUACUUGAUUUUGCUCCUCAUUGGGCAGUGGAGAUUGCCCAAGAGUAUGGUGUUCCACUUGUGUUCUUCUCUGUUUUAUCUGCUGCUUCCAUGUCCAUUCUCGGCUUACAAGAACAUCUCUCCGGUGCUGAUAACAGAAACCAUGUUCUUCCAUCACAAGAAAGCCUCACUUCACCACAAGAUUGGGUGGCUUUUUCUUCUUUUGUGGCAUAUAGAGAGCAUGAGGCUGUUCGUGUGCUGAAAGGCCUCUUUGAAGUAAAUGGUAGUGGCGUAAGUGAUAGGAUUUUUAGAACUUGCGCAAUAGGGUUAAAAUCACUGUAA